AGUUUCCAGACGGAAUCAAAAUAAAAAGCUUUCUUUAUAAUUUAAACAUAAGGUAUAAUUAUAAUGUGUUCGCAAAAAGAUACAAUUGAAGAUGCAAUCUUUAAAUCUCUGAAGGUAAUACGCAUGUACGACUGGCUUCUGGAUCUGUAUGUACUAGACUUUUUUGUAGAUGAUCAUUGGGCAAAAUUGCCAUUAUCAUGGCGAAAAUGCUUCGAAAACAUGACUCCUCAAGACCUAGGGAAUAUUCUCUCUGGAAUCUCAACUAGUCAUGUUUUGCCUUUAUCAUUUUUAUCUUUAGUAAAAUCAGUGGAAGUUUUAAGCCUUCCUCGUAAGACUAAGUUGGAAAAAAGUAAAAAAGUCAAUAAUAAUGAAGAUUCUUUUGGUGGUCACCCCAAAUUAAAAAAUCUGUUUCUAAAACAUGUAAAAUUAAAAAAGAGGCAUGAAAUCAGUCUAAUGGCUCAAGUUGUGAGUUUCGUAGCUUUAGAGAGUAAAUGUAAUGCUGUGAUAGACUUUGGCUCAGGCUUGGGGCAUUUGGUGCGGGUGCUGGCAUACAAAAAUAAUCUUCAUGCGGCCGGGAUAGAAUGUCAAUCACAAUUGACGGAGGAAGCUAGGAAACUUGAUCUACAAUUAGAGUACACAGCCAGUAAACACUUAUCAGAAAGCAGCAUAGCAUCUCUUCAAAGACCAAUCCAUUUAAACAUGACCCUCACUUCCAAUGAACAGCUACAUCAUCUUAAACUCCCGGAGCCAAUGAAAACCUAUGGCUUGGUAGGACUUCACCCAUGUGGAGAUUUGGGUCCAUUGUUAAUAAAGCAUUUCAUAAAUUGCAAACAAGUUAAAUACAUCUGUGUUGUCGGCUGCUGUUUUAUGAAACUAACAUGCAAAGGAAAAGAGAGUGGGUAUCCCCUUAGUGAAUAUGUAAAGGGAUUGGACAGCAAAUUGUCUUAUGUUAGCAGAGAAAUUGCGUGCCAUGCCAUUGAAGUAUACUUGGAGAGACUGACGAAGGACAAUUAUAAUGAUUUGAAGGUUCAUGCUUACCGAGCAGCUCUAGAGAGGAUUCUAGUAGAGCACGACCCAAAGCUGAAGCACGCACCCGUCAGGAACAUCAAGCACUCCAACACCAUGACGUUUCACCAGUACAGCACGCUAGCGCUCGAGCGUCUCAACAUUCCCGUGGUCGAUGUGGCUCGCGGUGAAUCAGAUCUGCUGCAAUGGCGGCGCGUGGUUACGCUGUACACGCUUCGACUGGCUUUGGCACCUCUCGUCGAAACUGUGGUGUUGCUGGACCGCGUGCUGUACGUGCUUGAACAUGGUUUAUCCUGUGAGAUUCAUCCAGUAUUCGAUCCAAAGCUGUCACCUCGAAACCACAUCAUCGUAGGCAAGAGAACUUGACGGGCAGAAUUGGUAACUUUGUACCUUUUUAACCUUUUAACCAGGACUGUCUGUGUCUGUUAUAAGUGAGAGUUUAAAAAGCGCUGCUAUGCCAUUGCCAACAUUACUCAAAAUAAAAUUGAUAGCUAUUCAAAUAAAAAAAAAAUGAUAACUGGCCAAAGGGUUAAAAUGUGCUGAGAAUAUUUUAUUGGUAUAAGUUAUAAUUUUUUUUUUAUUGUGAUAAUCAAAUAGAAUGGAAGGAAAUAUAUACUUACGUAUUUUUUGAAUAUUUGUUUGAUUUCUAUUGCUUACGUCUGAAGGUAUUCACUUACUAAAUCUAUUGUAAUUACUUACACGUGUUAAAGUGAGGUAAGUCUUUAUAUACUAUAAGUUUCUAUAGGUAUAAUUGCUUUGAUAUGAUUAGUGAUUAUUUUACAAUCAGUAUCUAUACUAUUCACAUUCUCGAUUCUAUACACAUGGUCAAUACGAUUAAGUACUAUUUUAUAUCCGUCAAUUCAUUCAAGUUUAUGCUCAUACCUAAUUUAGAAUUUAAAAAAAUAUUUCAAUUUAAAUAUAAGGCAAAACGAUCCUUUGAUUUAUACGCCAAUAUUAAAAUAUCUAAAAUUCCUAUUACACUGUUACGUGAGUAAUUUUUAACCUCUUGACCGAGUUUACACAAAUGAAUUUUAGUCGCUAUUGUUACAUUUUAUUAUAAACUCAUUAUACUUGUAUCAAAUAAAUUUAAAUGAGCAAUUGAACUUGCCAAUAAUAUUUUUUGGUAGGUGUCGAUAAUGGAUUUUCGUAAACUGUAUAUAUAGCUUAAGUACAUUAUUACUCGAUUAUAUAUUUUCUUAAUAUAACAAAAUUCUAUAAACACUACCUAACUAUUUUUUGGCCUUUAUUCUUCAACCGACGUAAUUUUUUCAACCUAAUAUAAAUGUGAUAAGCUAACUAAUUUACAAUAAUUUUGUACGACAGGCAACUCCUAUAAAACUAAAUAUAUUGUUAAACUUAAAUCGAAGACACAAAAAUAUACCUAUACUUACAUAGAAAACUCUCACAUCUGUUAGACAAGUUUGAAGUAGAUAUAAUUGCAUAGCAUAUAAAUCGUUUAAUUCUUGCUACAACCGCUUAGAAAAGAAACAAAUAAUCUAGACAUCCUUCGCUGUCAGAGUCGCUUUAAUUUAGGUACUUAAAUGGUAAAACAGGUUAACCAGUUUAAAGGUCGCGUGGUAUGAUGGUAUUGAUGGUCCAUGAUAGUUCAUUUUUAUAUGGAGUAGGUAGCUGUCACGAGUGUGAGUGCGUAAAAUGUUUGUAGUCAUAUUUAGAAGUACCGUUAAAAACCUACUAAUAAAAAUACGCCAAGAAACUCUCGAGACCAUCAUUCGAUGCGAGAGGUAUAAGACUGGAAUGUUUUGCUCAUGGAAGUCAAAAAGGUAUCAGAUGCAAGAGCUUUCUCUAGACAUUCAUCCCUGAUUCCCUAUUCUUUCUUUUCUGAACAUUACUUUCCUUCAAGCAAAUCGCAUCAAUAAUCCAAGGUCGAGUCGCAGUGAUCACGCGUUAGCAGGGGGCUGGGGCAGCAUCGGCGCUGGUUCUUCAUCAGAAUCGUCAGAGUGGACACGAGUGAAGCGCCGUCGUUCGAGCAGCCGGCGUAGUUUGAACUCGCCGUGCCCGUACUCCCAGCGACGUCGCGUCACGCCUUUGCGACCUAUUGAACCAGACUUUUGAAGUAGGGAAUUUAUUUGGCCUAGGCUAUAUCGGCCAUCUAAUAACCAUUUCUU